AUGAGUAACCCCACAUCAACUACCCAUCAUAAUAUUGAAAUUCAAUCACAAGAUGUAAUUAAAUUAAUAUUACAAUUUUUAAAAGAAAAUUCAUUAGGUAAUUCAUUAACAGCUUUACAAGAAGAAACAGGUAUAAAUUUAAAUGCAGUUGAUAGUAAAGAAACAUUUUUAAAUGAUGUUAAAAAUGGUAAUUGGGAUAGUGUUUUAACUGUUGUAUCAACAUUAAGAUUAUCAACUACAUUAUUAAUGGAUCUUUAUGAACAAAUAGUAGAAUUAUUACAUUUAAAGGAAUAUGAACUUUGUAAAUAUUUAAUUAGGAAAACUGAACCAUUAAAUUAUAUGAAAUUAAAUCAACAAGAAAGAUAUUUAAAAUUAGAAAAUCAUUUACAAAGAGAAUAUAUAGAUUUAGGAGAUUUUUAUAAAUAUGGUAUAACAACAGAAAAAAGAAGAAAACAACUAAUUGAACAAUUAAAUAAUGAAAUUAUAACAGUACCAUCAUCAAGAUUAUUAUCAUUAUUAUCACAAUCAUUACAUUGGCAAAAACAUCAAGGUAUAAUACCAGAUGAUUGUAUGGAAUUUGAUUUAUUUAAAGGUGAGGUACCAUUUAAAAAGAUUGAAUCAGAAGAGGAACAAAUAACAACUGUUUUAGAUAAAACAAUUAAAUUUAAUAAUAAGAAUAAACCAGAGACAAUUAAAUUCUCACCAGAUUCUAAAUAUCUUUUAACGGGUAGUAUGGAUGGAUUUAUAGAGGUUUGGGAUUACAACACUGGUAAAUUAUCAAAGAGUUUAGCCUAUCAAUCAAAUGACGAUUUUAUGAUGCAUGAUGAUGCGAUACUUUGCAUUGCGUUCUCAAAGGAUGGCGAGUUCUUAGCAACGGGUUCAUUGGAUAAUAAAAUCAAAGUUUGGCAAAUAAAGAGUGGUAAAUGUUUAAGAAAAUUCGAACCUGCUCAUACGAAUGGUGUGACAUGUUUACAAUUCUCAAGGAAUUCAACACAAAUUCUAAGUGGUUCCUUUGACUCCUCUUUGAAAAUUCAUGGUUUAAAAUCGGGUAAGGCUUUGAAAAUCUUUAGAGGUCAUCAAUCGUUUGUGAAUGAUUGUUGUUUCAAUCAUGAUGAAGAUAGAGUUAUAUCAUGUUCAAGUGAUGGUAAAAUUAAAAUAUGGGAUGCAAAAUCAUCAGAUUGUUUGCAAACUAUCACUCCAACAAGUGUUGUCACAGUUAGAGACAUUUCAAUUCGUUCAAUCACUAUAUUGCUAAAGAAUCCUGAAUUCCUUUUAGUUUGUAAUUCUUCUCAAAUCUCAAUAGUUUCAAUGAAAUCUCAAACUAUUAGUAAAACAUUUACAAGUGAAAAUUCAAAAACUUUCUUGGUUUGCACUUUAUCUCCACUUCAAAAUUAUUUAUAUGCAGUUGAUGAAGAUAAUAUACUCUAUACUUUUGAUUUCAAUUCUGGUUCAUUAUUAAAUAAAUUUAAAAUUCAUGAUCAAGAAGUUAUUAGUAUAUCACAUCAUCCAACUAAAAAUUUAUUAGCAACAACUGGUUCUGAUUGUUUAUUAAAAAUUUGGAAAUCAAAUUCAAAUGAUAAUAUUAAUAAUUAA